AUGAUGUUCAGUAGUCUGCCCACCGAGCAGCACCCUCACACGCAUCAUCAUCCUGCGCACCAUCAUCAUCAUCAUCAUCACCAUCAUCAUCAGGAGCAGCAGCAGCAGCAGCAGCACAGCCAGGACAUGCAGUCGCCGGUCAGCUCACCCGAGCUGAUCGAUCCGCGCUACGGUCACAUGCGCAUUGCGGCCUCCUCCUCCAGUCGAAUCUUGUACGAUGUACCGUGCAAGGUGUGCCGGGAUCACAGCUCCGGCAAACACUACGGUAUCUACGCGUGCGACGGUUGUGCCGGGUUCUUCAAGCGCUCGAUCCGCCGCAGCCGCCAGUACGUGUGCAAAUCGAAGGCGGAGGUGGCGUGCGUGGUGGACAAGACGCACCGGAACCAGUGCCGGGCGUGCCGGUUGAAGAAGUGCUUCGAGGUCGGCAUGAACAAGGACGCGGUGCAGCACGAGCGCGGUCCCCGCAACUCGACGCUCCGCAAGCAGAUGGCACUGUUCAUCGCGAAGGAUUCGCCCCUCCGCCACGACAUGAUGCUGACGCCGGGGGCGGCAGCGGCAGCGGCGGCGGCCGCCGCGGCAGCCGCAGCAGCAGCCGCAGCCGCCGCCUCGAUGUCGCUACCGUCGCCGCACGGUGGCCACGGGACCGGCACCGGCACCGGCAUGCUACCCGGUUCGGUCGGUGGUCCGCUCGGGCUCGAUCUAUCGAUCGGCCGGAAUCCCUUCCUGACGCCACCGCCCGCCCCCUACCCAUCACUGGCGCAACCGUUCCCGCCCGUCCUCCCUGGUCUGCACCAUCCGCAACACCAACAGCAGCAACAGCAGCAGCACCUUCACCAUCAUCACCAUGCGCACCCGCUGGUAGCGGUCGAAGCGAUCCGCGAGUCGGCCGCCCAGCUGCUGUUCAUGAACGUGAACUUCCUCAAGAGCCUGGCCCCGUUCGUGCAGCUCCCGAUGGUCGACCAGCUGGUGCUGUUCGAGGAGUCGUGGCGCGAGCUGUUCAUCCUGGCCGUCGCCCAGUACCUGGCGCCCGUCAACUUUGGCCAGCUGCUGAUCGCCUACGAGUACCUCAACGGUGGUCACCACCGCGGUGGUGAGUUGGGAACGGCGGCAGCGGCGGCAGCAGCGACGGCUGCCACCCCCAGUACCCAGGGAACUACCGCUCUCACCGAUUUCCUGCUGAAAGAGGUGGAAAUCUUCCAGGAAAUCCUUAGCCAGCUGGCGGCACUGCGCGUCGACGCCAACGAGUACGUCUAUCUGCGUGCGAUCGCACUGUACAAGAGCGAGUUCGACGGUGAGACGAGCAUCUCGAGCGUUUCGAGCGAUGGUUCCGACGUGACCAACUCGACCGGUGGCACCGGCAGCAGUACCGGCAGUAGCAGUACGACGACCACCAGCACCGGCACCGGCACCCGUUCCAUCACCGAGCUGGGGACGGUGCGGGCACUCGAGGAGGCCGCCCGGGAGGCGCUCGCCACCUACAUCCAGCAGUGCCGGCCCGGACCGACGAACCGGUACCGGGCGCUCCUGCAGCUGCUGCCGCUCAUGCGCAACGUCUCGAGCUACACGAUCGAGGAGCUGUUCUUUCGGCGCAACAUCGGACCGGCACCGUUGCUCAAGCUGCUGCUCGAUUUUUACCGUCAGAAGUGA